AAAAUUACUUUUCUCACAACGAUGAAUUUGUGUUAUUCAGAUUGCAAACAACUAAACUUAGAAUUUGAGAAUUUAGUAAAUAAAGAUGGCACAAGAUUGCAAAAACAAGGAAUACGCGCAAAGAGAUAAACAUUAUGCGAGUGAGAAUUUUAAAUCCAAAAUGAAACGCGAUAAAACAUUUCAAACAAAGGUUGUGAUCAGACGUCUUCCACCAACUAUGAUCCAGGAACAGUUUAUAGAACAGAUCGCACCUCUUCCUGAGCAUGAUUAUAUGUAUUUUGUGAAAGCUGAUAUGCGACUGGGACCACAUGCUUUUUCCAGGGCUUAUAUAAAUUUUCUUAUACCAGAAGAUAUAUUUACCUUUAAAGAUAAAUUUGAUGGCUAUGUUUUCUUGGAUAGUAAAGGUAAUGAAUAUCCAGCUAUUGUUGAAUUUGCUCCAUUUCAGAAAAUUCCUAAAAAGCGAAGCAAAAAAAGGGAUGCUAAGUGUGGAACAAUAACAAAUGAUCCUGAUUAUUUGAAAUUCUUGGAGAGCUUGAAGAAUCCAGAUGAAAUAACACUUCCUUCUGCUGAAGUUUAUCUGGAAGAAAUAGAAUCAAGAGAAAAAGAGCUGAAAGCUAAUAAUGGUGUUCCUAAAAUGACAACUCCUCUAAUUGAAUACUUGAAAGCUCGAAAAAUGGAACAACAAAAAAUUAGGGAAGAGAAACGGGAAGAGCGAAAGAGAAAAGAAAUGGAGAAAAAACGAAUACGAGAAGAAGAAAGGCGAAGGCGAAAAGCUGAAAAGGACAAAGAAAGAAUUAAAGAAAAAUUUAAAGAAAAGGAAAAUUUAUCUGAAAAAGAGGUGGCAGACGACAUUGAAGAAUCACCAGUAACAGAAAAUUUCAAGCCGAUAGAACCUAUAGUGCAGGUGAUUAAUUUUAUUUUUAUUUUUAUUUGA